AUGGCGGAGGGCGGAGGGAGAAAGCUGGUGGUGGAAGUGUCAAACGCGAGGAACCUGAUGCCCAAGGACGGGCAGGGAACGGCGAGCGCGUACGUGAUGGUGGACUUUGACGGCCAACGCCGGCGGACGAAGACUAAGUGCAGGGAUCUUCAUCCGCAGUGGGACGAGAAGCUCGAAUUCGUUGUCCAAGAUCCAGAAGCUUUGGCUUCCGAAACUCUGGAACUCAACGUCUACAAUGACAAGAAGAAUGCCCGCCGGAAUACUUUCCUCGGAAGGGUUAAGAUCUCCGGCUCCAGCUUUGCUAAGCUGGGAGAUGAGUCGCUAAUCUACUACCCGUUGGAGAAAAGGAGCGUUUUUUCGCAGGUCAAGGGUGAGAUUGGUCUCAAGGUCUAUUAUGUUGACGAUGAUCCUCCACAGCCGGUAGAUGCUCCUCUGGUUGAUACCCUGGAGAAGAAGACGGGUGCUACGGCGGAGGAGAAGACGCAAGAGGAGGACAAAAAAACUGAAGAGAAGAAGGAAGUUGAUGAACAAAAAACAGAGGAUGUGAAGGCAGAGGAGAAACCGCCAGAGGAAGAGAAGAAGCAGGUGUUGCCGGUGAUAGCACCGUCAUGCCCGGCAAGGCAGCCGCAUCAUUCACAUUUCAGAGACCUCGAGAUCAAACUCCAUGGCAGCGAGCGCGCCGGCGUCUCUUACGACCUAGUUGACCUCGUUCCUUACCUCUUCGUCCGCAUCCUUAAGGCAAAGCACGCCGUCCGGGAAGCCAACGACGACGCUACGCUCGAUCGAUUUGUCUUCGCCAAAAUAGUCAUCGGCAGUCAUACAGUCAAGACUAGAACGGUGAGGCUAAACUCGUCCGACUGGGACCAAGUCUUCUCCUUUCAUAAAGAGAGCCUCAAUUCCACAUUUUUAGAAAUCUCCGUCCACGAAGAGAAGAAAGACGGCGAUGCCAUCACUGAAAACGACAGUUUCGGCGCCGUCUCCUUCGACCUCUCGGAAAUUCCGAAGCGUUCGCCGCCCGAUAGUCCCCUCGCACCGCAAUGGUACACUCUUGAAAGCUCCUCGCCAGAGACUACCGAAAUCACCGACGUGAUGCUUACCAUCUGGGUCGGCACCCAAGCCGACGAAGCCUUCCCUGAAGCCUGGCAGUCCGACUCCGGCGGCCUUCAAGUCCACACCCGCUCAAAAGCCUAUCUUUCCCCCAAACUCUGGUACCUUCGUCUCACCGUCAUCCAAACCCAAGAUCUGCGCCUUGAGACCAUCCCCGACUCAAAAUCCCACAACCCCGAGCUGUUCGUUAAGGCGCAGUUCGGCAGUCAGGUCUUCAAAACCGCAAAAAUCUCCCUCUCAUCCUCCUCCGCAACUGCCAACCCCAGCUGGCUCGAAGACCUUAUAUUUGUCGCCACCGAACCCUUCGAUCCCUUCCUGACCCUCUCCGUCGAAGACGCCAGCGCUGGUCAGCCGGUUGGCAACGCAAAACUUCACCUUUCCACCAUUCACCGUCGCAUCGACGAUCGCGCCGAACCACCUUCCCGCUGGCUAAACCUCGCCGGGGACGACGAAGCCUGCCCGUACGCCGGCCGCCUCCACGUCCGUGUCUGCCUCGAAGGCGGCUACCACGUCCUCGACGAAGCCGCUCAUGCCACCAGCGACGUACGCGCCGCAUCCAAGCAGCUUUCGAAGCCCCCCAUCGGUCUCCUCGAAGUUGGCGUCCGGGGCGCCUCCAACCUCCUCCCAAUUAAGCUCACCAAGCACGGCGCCUCAAGCUCCACCGAUGCCUACGCCGUCCUCAAAUACGGACAGAAAUGGGCCAGAACCCGAACCAUCCUCGACCAAUUCAACCCGCGCUGGAACGAACAGUACACCUGGGAAGUCUUCGACCCCUGCACCGUUCUCACCGUCGCCGUCUUUGACAACUCUCGUGUUUCCAAAGCCGGCGCCGGCAAGCUAGUUAAAGACUCCAGCAUCGGAAAAGUCCGCGUCCGCCUCUCCACCCUCGACACCAACCGCGUGUACCUCACAUCGUACCCAUUGACGUUGUUGACUCCGUUUGGCGCCAAGAAAAUGGGCGAGCUUGAGCUCGCCAUCCGCUUCACCUGCACCUCCUGGCUCAGCUUAAUCCAGUCCUACACAUCCCCAAUGCUGCCACGUAUGCACUACGUGCGUCCACUGGGUAUUGCGCAGCAGGACGUGCUCCGGCAGACGGCAGCGAGGGCUGUGGCAGGGCGGUUAGCAAGGUCGGAGCCGCCGCUGGGACCGGAAGUAGUGCUCCACAUGCUCGACACGGACGCUUACACGUGGAGCAUGCGCCGGAGCAAGGCCAACUGGUUCCGCCUCGUCGGCUGCCUCUCGCGGGCCGCGGCGGCGGCCCGGUGGGUCCACGGAGUCUGCACCUGGGCCCACCCAACGACAACGGUUCUCGUCCACCUACUUCUGCUGGUGGCAAUGACGUGGCCGGGGAUGAUAAUCCCGGCGGUGCUGAUGUUUAUGAGCGCGAUGGUGGCGUGGAGGUACAGGAGACGAACGGGCUGGUCCGGCUGGCCAGGUGGAAUGGACACGUGGCUUUCGUGCGUGGAUCGGGUUGCCAUUGAUGAACUGGACGAGGAAUUUGACGACGUGCCGAGCGGGCGGUCGGCGGAGUUGGUACGGGAAAGGUACGAUAGACUGCGGGUGGUGGCCGGCAGGGCGCAGGGAUUGCUCGGUGACUUGGCGGCGCAAGGAGAGAGAGUGGAGGCGUUGUUGACGUGGAGGGAUCCGAGGGCGACGGGAAUGUUCGUGGCGGCCUGCGUGGCGGCGGCGGUGAUGUUCUACGUUGUGCCGUUUAAGUUAAUGGUGUUAGGUUGGGGGUUUUAUUAUUUUCGGCAUCCGAGGUUUCGGGGAGAUAUGCCGGCGGCGGGAUUUAAUUUCUUCCGGCGGCUGCCUUCGAUGGCGGAUCGGAUUCUCUGA